GCUGCUGGGAGUUGUUUGGAGGUUGGCGGCGCGGAGCUGGCGGUCUUCAGGCAGAGUGAUCAUGUCGCACAAACAAAUUUACUAUUCGGACAAAUACGACGACGAGGAGUUCGAAUACCGGCAUGUCAUGUUGCCCAAGGACAUAGCCAAGCUGGUCCCUAAAACCCAUUUGAUGUCGGAAUCGGAAUGGAGGAAUCUGGGCGUUCAACAGAGUCAGGGAUGGGUUCAUUAUAUGAUCCAUGAACCAGAACCUCACAUCUUGCUGUUCCGGCGGCCGCUCCCGAAGAAGCCAAAGAAAUGAAGCUGGCGAGCUGCUUUUCAGCCUCAAGCUUUACACAGCUGUCCUCACUUGCUAACAUCUUUCUGAUAACAUUAUUAUGUUGCCUUCUUGUUUCUCACUUUGAUAUUUCAAGGAUGUUCAAUACACUGUUUGAAUGUGCUGGUGACUGCUUUGCUUCUUGAGCAGAGCCAACAGUACCACGGCCCAGCCAGAUGAAUGCUUUUUGGGCUACAGCCUCAGCUGAGUGUGACCCCAGAAGCCAUGUGAGCUCUGUAUCCAGCAGAACACACUUGGUUGAUGGAGGAAGCAUCUGAGAAUAAGACCAUGGCUGUUACAGGGAUUGUGUAAACUUGCUGUUUUGUUUUUUUUUCUGCCAGGUGUUCUAUGUAUGGUGAUUUGUUUCAAUGUAUUGGAAACUUUCCAUUUUAUUCAAGAAUUCUGUUCCAUUUAAAGCCUUGAUUAAAGAGGAAGUUUUUAUAA